UGGCAAUUUUGAGCCAAUGAAACAAAAGUAAAAACCGAGUCUAAGAUUAAAUUGACAAAGGAAAACAUACUCUUCGAUUCACUGACAGCUUGAAACAGCUGCACAACUGUCACGACUUUUGUAAAAAUUGUAAUGUCAAAAUCCAUCUACUAGGCAAUAAGAACGUACCGGGCAUUUUAUUUGUAUUUGUUUUCUUAUUAAUCUUUAAAAAUUGUUUUCCGUUGCGUUGAAUUGAAUCUAACCGAAAGUGAAUUAGAAAGUUUGUUUUUACAAAAAUGUCUUCAGAUAAUGAAGAUAAAGAUGUUGAUUGGGAUGAUUUGGAAACUUUAACAACGCUUGAUGGCUUUGAUGACAAUGUUGAAAACACCGGCUCUACGCGACUUCUGGCCGAUCAAUUUAUUGGAACAAUAUCAGCUAAAGCGUCUACUCCUGUUAGUUUACUGGUUGAAAGUUUGGUGCAACAACUUUGCAUUAUGCUUGAACCAGAUCCAGAUAGUUCGUCCCAUCUCUAUCACACAAUUUGUGGACAGUUACACAAAAUGAAUUUAAUUGACAAAACGUACGAAAUGGGUGAAUUCGAGGUUAUGAGGAGCCAGUAUCAAAAAGCUCUUUAUCAACUGGUUACAGUGGCUCGCGGCCAAGACCUGCCUCCAAAUUUACAAUCUGUAUGGCCGUUAACACAGCCGUUGGGCUAUGAUUGGUCACGAUAUUAUCGUGAAUUCGACGAACUUCAAUUUGUGGCAGGCGGUGGUUUUGGUAAAGUUUACAAAGUAAGACACAAAUUGGAUGGUAUAGUCUAUGCCGUGAAGAAAGUUACCAUCAAAUCGCAAGAAAUCAAUCGAGUAUUAAACCAUUUGGCUGAAGUGAAAACACUUGCCGCUCUAAAUCACAAUAACAUUGUGCCAUAUAAAGCAUGUUGGUUAGAGCCUCUUCUAACCGACCCCAAACAAACUAUCAAUCAUCCUGACAAUUGCACCGAAGACGAAGAGUACACCUAUUCCGAGAGUGUGGAAGUUGCAAACGGGAAUACCAUCGAAUCAGAUGAUUCGUCAUUCAUCCAGUUCGAGCGUAGUGAAAAUUCGAGUGAAAUUCACGACGAUACCAACAAAACGUCGAGUCAGAAGGGUGCUGUGGUUAAAUUUCAACGACAAAGUAGCUUAAAUUUUGAUCGCUCUCAACAACCCUACUUAAAACUUAAAUGGGCCACAUUGUACAUUCAAAUGGCCAUGUGCCAUAUGACGUUGAGGGAGUGGCUAGACUUACGCAACAAAUCCGACAAUUUUGAAACAUUUUAUGAGAAUUUCGUAGCCGCCAAAUUCUGUAAUCCCCCCACGUUGGACAGACGAUAUUCUGGUGGAGAUGGUCCACAAGCAGCAAGUAGACAGGACAGUAGUGAAUCUAGCAGUUCGGAGUCUUACAUUGAGGAAUAUCCGCAAAACUUGGACGUAGUGAGAAAUAUUUUUAGUCAAUUGCUCGAUGGUCUGGAUUAUAUUCAUUCAAUGAGCAUAGUCCACCACGAUAUCAAGCCAUCAAACUUAUUCAUAAACGUUGAGACUGGAGGAAGGAUAACGGUGCAACUCGGGGAUUUCGGACUCGCUUGCCCAUUGCAGGAUGAUCAUUCGAAAAAUGUGGUCGGAACACCCACCUAUGCGGCUCCAGAACAACUCCAAGGGAAAUGCGAUAAGAAAAGUGACAUCUACAGCAUUGGAAUAAUUUUAUUGGAGCUUUUACUGAACUUCAAAACCGAUAUGGAGCGCGUGGAGAAUAUAAAGAAAGUGAGACAAGGAAAGCUGCCGGAAGAAAUACCUCCAAACUACAGCUCUUUGCUUAAAAAGCUUCUUCUGCCAAUACAUCGUCGCCCCGACAUAAGGGAAGUUAUCCAACUGUACAAUCAGAUAAUACGCGAUGAUAUACCAUUAACCGUCCAGCAAGAGCUACACGAACUACGAACCAAGCUUCAAAUUCAAAAAUCCAUUGACAAAGAGUUCAACGACGAACUACAAUCGAAAAAGGCGGAACUGCAGAGCAAAGAUGAAGAAAUCGCUUUGCUCCAGCGAAAGGUUCAUGAAAUGGAAUUGAAAGAAAUGGAAAGUCGAUCGAAGGAUGCAGAAAUUGAACGUUUGAAAAAAUUGUUAGCAGAAAGCCAUGUAAAAAAAAUGGAAUAGACGGUCCCGAAUCAACCAGUGUCAACCAGUAAAGUUGUCGUAUGUGGCAAUAAUUUAAAUUGAAUGUAAAUGAGAGGAGUACAAUUUGUUUUGUGAUAUUCAAUUAUAAGCGGAAAAAAACGUUUUUUUAAACUCGCGUUACGAUCGCGAUCAAUUGUAACGUGUACUACACAUUAAGUCGUAGCGAACAUUUUAUUUUAUCUUCGAAAAGACAAUGAUCUGAAUCAAGCAUUGUAACGAAAUAAAGAUUGAAAUUUAACGAACAGCUUUUAA